AUGUUCCAGAAACUGGUUGAUUGCCUUGACUGUGGCAAGGAUCACAGCGAUAGUGGUGAUGAUAAUGGGGCCCCUUCCCGGCCCGUCAACCUGAAUAGAGAAUUAAGAAAGGAGGAGGAAGGCGGCAAGGCAGGACUGCCAACUCGUCUGUCGCAGCGUCAAGUAGAGAGCGAGCCGAAAAGCCAGGAUCUUUGGGUUCUUGCAAAGGAGAGGUUGAGCCCAGAGGAUCAGAAAUGCUUCGAAGGUGGGAACGCAAAGACGACGGAAAAGACAAUCGAGGAAGUGCGAGACGCGAUAGAAGAGAAGUACAAGGAGUACAAGGAUGGUGGACUCCAGAUUCGAGGGCCCCAUGGGAAGAACAUCAAUCUUCAAGAAUGUUUCCAAGGGAUCAUUAAAUCUGUUUCGCAGGUGCAAGAACUUAUCAAGAAUGCGACGUCGUUUGACCCGACGGGCCAUGCAUCUGGUUUUCUUGCCAAUAAUCUUUCGUAUUACGCCAUUAUUGACAGAAAUGACCGGAAUCGCCAGGUUGAAAGCGAUGAGCAUCUCGAAGAGGCCCUUGUGAAGGUUUAUGCGGCCAUUCUUGAAUACACUGCUGAAGUUUACAGGGCGAGUCGUGAAAAGGGAACAGCUCGCGUGUGGAAAAGCGUUAGUGCCCUGGUCGACCAGCCUCUACAACGUCUUAAACAAGCCAUUGAGCUGGAAGAGGAAAACGUCAGAAAGUGGACGGAUCUUGGUAGGAAUUUGGGCUCACAGGAGAUGGAGAUUUUGAAUUGGCUGUCACCAACGGAUCAGUCUGGCGGAGAGCAGUCUGCAAUUUACAACAAGGCGCAAAAGGACCGAACAUCUCAAACGGGCGACUGGUUCCUUGACUCACCAGAAUGCCAAAAAUGGAUGGCUGAACCUGGGAGCAUUCUGAGGCUCCAUGGAGUUGUGGGAUGUGGCAAAACAGUGCUUUGCUCAACCAUUAUAGCACACGUGCACAAGGUUUGUGAAUGCGAUCCGAAAAAGAGACUAGCCUACUGGUUCUUUAAUUUCAACCAGAAUAGUCAGCAAGUCGUUGAGAUCAUGUUAAGAUCUGUCAUUCGGCAACUUUGUCCCAAUCCAGUUCCCGAGUCUAUCAUUAAGUUGUGGGAAGGACAUCGCCAAGGUCGAGAACCAACACAGGAAAAUCUCUUUGUUAUUCUCGAGCAGAUGAUCGAAAGUCAUAAAGGACACAUAAUUCUUAUCUUUGACGCCCUAGAUGAGUGCCCCGAACUGCCUGGGAACUCUGCACGAGGUACAUUGUUGAAGUUCCUGAAUAGGCUGAUAGAUCAGCACAAAGAAACACUUCACAUUCUUGUAACAAGUCGACCGGAGCAUGAUAUCCGUUUUCAUCUGGGAAAAUACCCAGGCUAUGAUAUAGAAGAAGACUUAAGCCAAGAUGUUGAGAGGUUUGUUGACGACAGACUUGAACAAGGGGAGCCAUGGAAGUGGCUCAGCGAGAACAGACCCAUGAAAGAAAAGAUUCGAAAGAGACUGCUGGGCAUGGAAAGGCCUCGUUUCCGAUGGGCUUACCUGCAAAUCAUGCAGCUUGAGAGGUGUCACACGCCAGCCGCUAUCGACAAUGCGUUAGAAAGGCUGCCGAAAGAUCUGUCGGAAACCUACAGCUCAAUUUUGAACAAAAUGCCAGAGGAUGACCGAGAAGCUGCACGUACCAUUCUCAUCUGGGUCAUCUUUUCCCGGCAUUCACUGACACUGGAAUUUCUGGCAAAACUUGUCGACUUCAUUCGGCCACGAGAUGUGGUAAAUGUAUGCACUACAUCGUUGAUUACAGUAUCAUCAGAUAAUGUUGUUAGGCUGGCGCACUUCUCGGUUAAAGAAUUCCUGAUCCCUGUGGAUAUCUCUGGCGAAACACUCUGGUACCAAUUUUCUGCCUCCACUGGGCAUCUCACCAUUGCCAAUACAUCUCUUUCACUCCUUUCAAGAACGGACAACCACUUGACUAGGGAUGCAGCUCUUGCCCAGCCAGUUUUAGUCUACGCAGCAAGAAAUCUUGGUUUCCACCUGCUCGAGCUGGAUGCAAUAGGAUUUCAGUCUCCAGAGCUACAGGAAAGUAUUGUCCAUAUAUUCUGUUCUCCCGUCACCUAUUUCAACUGGGUACGAAUUGACCAUGAUUACAAGAAUUUUAACGACUGGUAUCUGCCAGCCGAUCAGUUGGAACCUCCAAUAUAUAGAGCCUCAAAGAUGGGGCUGAUCCAAAUUGUGGAAAGUCUACUUAAAAAAGGUGCUGACCCUCUGGCACCCUUUAAUAAUAUCUUUCGGGGUAAGGAGAAUGCGUUCUAUGCUGCUGCGACAAUGGGACAUCUCGAUGUCUUGGAGCGACUUGUGCAGAUAUCCUCUGUCAUCUCCAAAGACCUAGCUUGUUCGAUCAUAAGAUGCAUUGACCACCGUGACCAGGAGUGGGAGAGGGUGCGCAAGAUACUUGCUUUACUCCAUGAUAAAACAUCAUUUUAUCACGACCAAGAACAUGGCAAUACGAUUGACAAAAGUAUUAUUGCAGCGGCGGCGGGGAAUUGGCGGUGGGGUGAUACUCUCAUACAAAUACUUCUUGAUUGGCCCAACAGAGCAGUCAUACAUAUCACGGAGGAUGUUAUGUGUACUGCGGUUCGUAAUAUCACGUGUGGCGAGAGAAUUAUGCAGCGGCUUCUGAAAGAACAGGCAAAACACGUCCAUAUUGACCCCCAAGGGCUUAAACACAUGAUUAAACAUGUAUAUCGCAAUCCCGGUGUGGUGAGGGUUGUGGUUGAAAUGCGGGGACGCGAGAUCCAAUUUGACGAUUGGACAAUGAGAGACUUCAUGAAGUAUGCAAGCGCAGAGGCAGUAAACCUACUCUUGUCAUGUCGAGAUGACAUUGUGGUCACGUCAAAGAUGUUGGAAGCAGCAACCGACAACCGCAAUAGCUCAGGCGCGUUACUUGUUCUCUUGAAGAAAAGAGCAUCUAGCACCCCUGUUAGCACGGAAAUGCUGGCUAUUGCAGCAGGCAAUAGAGAAUGUGGCUUCGAAGUGAUGAAAGUGCUGCUUGGGGAAUGGAGUCCAGGUACUCCUAUCAACGAAGAAGUCAUUUAUAAACUCGCCUCAAACAGGAGCCAGGGUCUCGAGAUAAUGGACCUGUUUCUACGAAGACAACAGACAGGCAUUACCGUCUCACAGAAAGUUUUGGCUCAGGCUGCGAGACUCAAUACAAGUAAGAUGCUAGAACUGCUUGUGAACAAUGCGGGAUCGGGCAUCAAAAUCACACCGGAGAUUCUUUGCGAGGCAGCACAGAACUCCGGUUCCCCAGAAGCUGUCAUGUCUUACCUGCUUGACCUUGGCGGGAAGGAUCUUGAGAUUUCAGAGGAUGUGCUGGUAUCAGCUGCCGGGAAUUUCUUCAAGGGUGCUGACGUAUUAUCCUUGGUCCUAGACAAGUUCCCAGAAGUGAAGGUGACGGACCGAGUUUUUGAAGCGGCGUGUCAGAGUCAGGAUAGCAUGUCGGUACUACUGAAGAGAUUCCCAAAUCAGUUUCCUAAGGAAAUAGUGGUCGAAGGAAUAGCAAAGCAAACAGUAUUUGGACGGUAUGCUCUAGGGUUUCUUAUUGGCCAUGCGAUUGUAGAUAUCGAUCAGGAACUGGUGGAGAAGCUUGCGCAUAACUUUCCAGUCUCGCACCAAACUCUACUUGUGGCAGCAGCAACGGAUUCAAUGUGCAUGGAUGCAGUGCUUUGCGCUUGCAAGAUGGAUAUUAUUAUCACAGCAGACAUAGUCGACGCAGCAUUAGAGUCGGGAGGCUUCGACGUCAUACAUCUGCUUUUCAGCCGAUAUGGGUCAAGAUUUCCUAUAACAGAGAUGGUGUUGACACGGGCAGCUCUACAUAAAAAUCCACAUCACGCACUUGAUUUCCUCCUAGAAAGGGAAUCUGGGGUGGACCUUCAGCGGGUGUGGGAAAAUACUGUCGAGGACUUUCUUAAGUACAAACCGGAGAUCAAAACUACUCAGGAGCAAUUUGAUGCCUUGGCUGGGCAUGAAUCUUUCCCGGGGUCUUUGACGGAAACUCUUCUUGAUCGUAACGAUUUCUGUUAA